AUUGAAUCGUCCCAAUAACAAAAAUUUUUACUAUAAAAGGUGGAUUUCGAAUUUCGGAAAUCAGUUCAACUCGAAGUUCGAAUUCAAAUAUCUUCUACAAUUUAAAAAAAAACCAGUACAAUUAUAACCAUGAAAGUGACAGUUAUUUGUGCAGUACUCUGCUUAGCAGCAGUUUGUUUGGCCGAUAAGAAACCCGAAGAAGUUAAGCCAACAUUACUCACUUUACAAAAUAAUUUCGACGAAUUAAAACCAGAAAAUUUAGCAGAAAAAUCCAAGGAAACUGAAGGAAUUAGACCAAAAAGACAAUAUCCCUACGGUGGAUACGGUUAUGGUUACCCCGGAUACGGUUACGGUUAUCCUGGCUACGGUUACUCCGGCUACGGUUACUCCGGCUACGGUUAUCCUGGCUACGGUUACUCCGGCUACGGUUAUCCCGGCUACGGUUACUCCGGCUACGGUUAUCCCGGUUACGGUUACGGAGGCUAUGGUUACGGAGCCUACCCUUACGGUUACGGUUACCGGUAUUGAUAACGAGGAUACAAUUUAC